AUAAAGGUGUACUUGUCCCGCCUUUAAAAGGUGACAUAUAAUCAGGUAGAUUAAGUGAAAACACCUGGAUGGACGGACCAUGGACUUGUUGUGGCUUCAAGGAGGGAUCUGUUUUAAUUCAGGUGUCCCAAAAUCUGGAUGACCUGAUGGCAACUCCAGCUAUUCGGAUGUUUCGGAAGUUAGAGGGUCUGUUUUGUGUGUACAAACCCUCUGGUGUCCACUGGAAACUCGUACGGGACAGCAUCGAGACAAAUCUUCUGAAAGGUUUAAACGCUACACCGUCCCAGCCAGUUCCUCAGGAGGUCCGCUUCUUGGCACACCCAAGCAGUGAGACUGGAGCACCCAAGGGACUCACACUGUCAGCGGCCUCUGUGCCAGUACUGUCCAAGCAUCCUCUGGUGACUGGACCUGAAUUCAUGCGUAUUCGAGUUGGAGUAGGACAUCGCCUGGAUACAUUCUCUUCUGGUGUCCUAGUUCUUGCUGUUGGAAAUGGAAACAAGGCCCUGAAUGAUCUCUACAGAACACGAGUCACAAGGGAUUACACAUUGGAGGGUGAAUUUGGGACUGCUACAGAUGAUUCCUCUCACACAGGAAGAGUUAUGGAAAGGUCCACAUAUGGUCACAUCACACAGGAUAAGCUGGACAGAGUCUUGGCGAUGCUGCAGGGAGCCAAUCAAAAGGCCUUGUUAAUGUAUUCCAAUGUAGACAUGCGCUCGCAGGAAGCCUAUGAGAUGGCUGUGCACGGUUUACUGGGUCCAGAGGGGAAAUCGCUGCCUGUUUUGACAGGCUUGCGUUGCACUCACUUUCAGCCCCCCAUCUUCACUUUAGAGGUGCAGUGUCUAAAUGAAACGCAGAAAUAUUUGCGCAAAGUUGUGCAUGAGAUAGGACUCGAGCUGCGCAGCACAGCAGUGUGUAAAGGAGUUAGACGGACCAGAGACGGCCCCUUCACCCUGCAGGAUGCCCUGACCCAUCACCACUGGACUGCUUCUGAUGUUACACAGGCCAUCAGACAAUACCACUCCUCUAAACAAAAACAAAAAAACUCCCACACACGGAUCAAGGACCCAGAAAUACAACCAGCAGAAGAGAAUACACCGACAGCUAGUCAACAAAAUGACACCAGUGACAAAGCAGCAGUAGGUAGAAUUAAAUGACUUUUUGCUGUGACCAGCAGUUAAUACAAGUCACUCUGGUAGUUGAUCACAAACAUUUCACAAAAAAUGUGACUCUCUGAGCCUGAACGCUGCAUCACUUUGAGUUCAGCUCAGUUGGAAAAGAAAUGUGAACGACCAGAGAUCCUGGUUUCUAAAAGAGAAAGCAUCAAAUUACAAAUCAAUUACAUCGUGCUUUUGUUUAAUGUGCAAACUCCUCUUAAUAUAUAGUGACACUUGCUGUAUCUCAUAUGAAUGUUCCAAUGUUUUCACCUUUGUUAAAUGUUGUGAAGGUAAUGUUACAUUAUUCCCCAAAUCUUAAUAUGAAAGUGGUUUAUUUUUAUCAUGAAAUAAAUGGAAAAGAUA